CUCACGUGAUGCCACCACAUUUGGAAAUCACCGUCGGAGUCCGAACGACGGAGUGUCUCUUCUUUUUCUUGUCUUUUUCUUCUUGUUUUCCCAUUCCCCCUGGCAAGGCCUGCGCGAUGUUGAGCCGCAUGGGGUUUUACGGCAACUAACAUACCGGAUUUAGAUUGUGCCUUGAUCUAUGCUCAUUUAUCCCGCCGAAAAUACAAAUAUCAAGUCUGCGUUUCCUGUACUAUGUCGUAGCGUGGCCCGGAUUUCCAGUCUGUGUGUCGUCUCUACUCUUCUCGAGCUGCUUUUGCAAUCCACGCACUCGCUCGCACAGUAUGGUCAUGGUAUCUACCGCAGCGAAUGAGAAUGUUCUUAUAGGUCCCGAUUGCCGGCUGAAUUACUAAAGUUGUUGUAAUUGUAAGCUUUGUCUCACGUCCGGCUUAUAUAUGUAACUGUGCUGCUCAUGUUCCUAUGUCUCUUCCCACUCAUGACUACCAGCUCUUCUCUACAAGGCUUCUAUGGCUGGCCCGAGGGCCUCACUGGCGUGUAUUACGGUCCAGGAUCCGUAUCUACUGCAUUGCCCAAGUUGCUUUCCACUCUAGGUGCUCGGAAAGCACUGAUUGUAACCACAAGGAGUCUUGUGGGCAAGACGGAGCUUGUAAAACAAGUCGAAUCCAUUCUGAAAGAUCACGAUGCAUUUGGCGCCACUUUUCAUGAAAUCGGAGAACAUUCACCCAUCGCAGGGAUCCGUCGUGCUGUCAAAGUCUUUCGUGAAAAUGACUGUAACAUCAUUGUCUCCAUCGGAGGUGGCUCGCCCAUUGAUGCAUCAAAGGCCGUCCUGUACUUUUCGCAGGAAGAGACCGGAGGCCCUAUUCUUCCUCAAAUAGCAAUUCCUACCACACUCAGUGCGGCGGAAUACACGAUCGGCGCCGGAUAUACAAAUGACCAGGGUCAAAAGGCAGUGGUAUCCUCAAGACGUCUUGUUCCCGCCGGUAUCAUACUGGAUGCAGAGUUUACCUUACCGACGCCAGAACGACUUUGGCUCUCAACGGGAAUUCGCGCCCUCGAUCAUGCCGUAGAAAACUUGUACAGACGCGGAGUCGCAUUUCCUGUGAAAGUGUUAUGUUAUUCAGCUAUUGCCGACCUUUUCAAAUAUCUUCCUGCCUCAAAAGCCAAUCCUCAAGACGUGGAAGUGCGACAGAGGCUUCAACUUGCGUCUUGGAUGAGUAUUUGGCCCAUGAAUUUGGAAAGAUAUGGACCAUUGGGUUUGUCGCAUGCCUUGGGGCAUAAGUUGGGAGCAGCGUAUGGCAUACCGCACGGCAUCACCUCCUGUCUCACCUUGGCACCCGUGGUGGCAAUGAAAGCACAAACGGAAUCCCAAGAAAACAAGGAAACGCUCACCAAAGUGCUGCCCCACCUUCAUCUCGAGUCAACGGGUUCUGUGGAUAAGGACGUUCUGCUGGUAUCCAAAUCGAUUAAGGACUUGGUGGCUUCACUAGGGCUCGCAUCCGACUUGGCAACAUACAAAGUUCCCAGGGAGGAUGCGGGGAAGAUAGCAGAACUGGCGCUCGGCAGCAAAGAAGACCCUGUGUAUGGCAAAGUGAUCGGAGUACUUGAGAGUCUAUACCCAGCAGGUGAGGUAUGAUGGCACGCUCGUAAAUCGUAGUCAUUCGGAUGUACAAUCAAUUACACAAGAACGGAAGGGUCUUACAAAUGAAAUCUUGGUGAACUUUUUCG